AUGUCUGGCAUCGGCGAGGCGAGCGCGGUGCUCGGCUUAAUCUCGUCCGUCAUCGCGAUAUAUGAAGCGGCUCACGAGGUUUACGAGGCCGCUAGCGAUACUAAGGGACUUCCUAGGAAGUUCCGCGCAGCCGCUGAGCAGAUCCCAAUGGUGUACCACACUCUCAGCCUGGCCGAACAGAAUAUCAAAGCAAAAGCUGUUAGUGAAGCGGCGCUGCAGAGUGCGAUGCCUGUUCUGGAGCGAUGCAAGGAGAGUGCCGCCAGUGUGAAGGACAUCUUUGACAAGACCAUACCUGCCAAAGAUGCCUCGAGGGCAGAGUGUCUGAGAAAGGCCGUGGGAAUAAAGAUGAAGAGUAACAAGGUGAAAGAGUACAUGGAAGAGGUUGUGAAGAAUAUGGAGCUUCUUGCGCAAAACCAAGUGUUCCAAGACGCGGAGGCGCUGAAAGAUAUUAAAGAAGCUAUCGAACAGUUGAGCAACGUGUCCGACGAGGAGGAGCAGCCUCAGUUUGUCCACUCAGGCGCGGGGGCAAUCAAUGCCAACACUGGGGGAGGUGUUCAGGAGAACUACAACAACUCUGGACCCGGCAGUCAGUACAAUGCAGAAAACCAAUUCUUCGGGCGAGACCAAGGUACGGACUCUCGCUGA